CUCUUAUUCCCCUUUCUAGUUUUCAUCGAACGAUUUUUUCCUUUGUCUUCAUCACGAAAUUGACAGAAUAACAGCAGCUCUUUUCAAAAGAAAGCAUUCUCUUUCAAAAUUACAGUUACAACAAUCCUUUCGUUAAUAUGCCGGAAAGAGGUGCCGUAUCUGUUGAAGGGAUUAGAUUUGUAACAGUAGCUGAAUCAUUACUUACUAUACAACACAACACCUUAUCAGUUUUUAAUAUUAUUAUAAAAAAUUCCGGCUCAACUGUGUCUUUGAUUAGAUAUCCUUCCGAUCUUUUGGAAUUUCAUCAGAAGAUUCGUAAGCAUUACCCAAAAGUGAAAAUUACAUUUCCAAGCCUUAACAAUCCUCCACGAAAUCAUCAUCUCCAGCAGCAGCAGCAGCAGCAACAGCAACAUAGACAAUCCCAACCGCAACAACAUCAAUUUUCUUCAUCUUCUUUAUCAACAUCAACUACUACAGGCAAAACAAAAAAUCGUCGUUCUUUACGGGACUUUAUCAUUUUACCCUUUCAUAAGAAAAAGAAAAGAACAAAUGCUGACAAAGUAGAGAAAUAUCUUUUACAAUGUUUCCAGCAUCCUGUCGUAAGCCUCUCUUCCAUAUUAAGGGAUUUUACGAGCGUUCAGCGUGAUGAAGAUGCCAUUCUAACGUCUUACUAUACCUCUACAACCUUGACGCCUACCAUAAACAAUAAUAGCAGUGACCAUCAGCAGCAGCCAUCGUCACAAAACAAUAAGAACUCACAUGAAGAGUCAUCCGGCAGUCUUCACAACAAUAGUCAAUUGAGUCAUAUCGUUAUGACUUCUCACGAACAAGAGAAGGAGAAGGAAACAAAACCACAACAACAAAUGACCACGACUUCUACAGCUGCUUCUACCAUUCCGCAACAUCAACUCAAUUCACCAUCGUCGUCGACAUCAUCAUUAUCAGUAUUACUACAAGACAAGCAAUAUGAUCAACGGUCACAUAGUGCUGCUGUCACCACUGUUACUGUAAACAAUGAGAUACAGCGGCUUACAGAUACUGCAAUCAAGACUACAACAACAACAGCAGCAACAACAGAUUCAGCAUCCAUACCAUUAGGUUUGGAAGAUUUAGACCUUAUCCGCGUAUUAGGAAAAGGCUGUAUGGGAAAGGUUUUCCUGGCAAGAUCAAAAAAAAAGAAUAACCGACAACUUUACGCUCUCAAAUGUAUUAAAAAGAAAUGGGUCAUACAACAAAACGAAGUGACGCAUACAAAGGCAGAGAGAGAUAUUCUGCUUCUUUUAAAGAAGCAGCAACAACAGCACAGCAGUAGCAGUAGUAGUCAUGGUGGCAGCACCAGUAAUAGUUUCUUUGCUCAGCUCAAUCAACUUUUUCAAACUUCUUCCUGUCUAUUUUUCCUCUUGGAUUAUUAUCCUGGUGGUGACCUAGCAACUCAAUUAUCUAUUUUCUCCUGUUUCAGUGCAGAUCGAGCAAGAUUUUAUGCAGCCGAAAUUAUACAAGGCUUACAGAUUUUACAUCAAAAUAACAUUAUUUACAGGGACCUGAAACCGGAAAACGUGCUGAUUGGACGAGAUGGACAUAUUGUUUUAACUGAUUUUGGCUUAUCUAAACUCUUCGCAGGAAAACAGGAACAAGCAGUAACAGCAUUGGACGACAAAGAUGAGUUGUACUACUGUUGUGAUGCAGAGGAACUUACUACUCGUACAUUCUGUGGUACAGCGGAAUAUCUAGCACCCGAAGUGCUGAUUGGCGAACCUUAUACUUUUGUAGUUGAUUUUUGGAGUCUAGGGACUUUACUUUAUGAAAUGUUGGCAGGAACAACACCUUUUUGGGCAGAGAAGCAUAUGGACAUGUAUAGAAGGGUUCUUGAAGAACCUUUGACAUUCCCACCCAACUUUGACCGUAUUACUAGAAUCUUUUUAGCUGGAGUAAAGUAUAUUCAAUUUCGCUACGCAAUAGUAACCACUCGUAUCAUUGGAAUCGGGCACUAACUGUAAAUUACUGAUACAGCUUUUAGAAAAAGAACCCAUUGAAAGAUUAGGCUGGGGAGAGCAUGGAAUUGAUGAUAUCAAGUCAGACCCUUAUUUUGAUACUAUUGAUUGGAAUAUGGUUCAGCAGCGGCAAUUGACACCGCCUUAUACGCCAACGAUUACUUCAGAGGAGGAUGUAUCAAAUUUUGAUGAAUCAUUUACUUCAAUGCCCACACGUAUCAGUCGGUCAUCUUCGGUUCAUUAUUCUACUCCUGCUAUUCCAAAUCCU